UAAUUACGUCUUUACCUGAGAACCUGGCUUGCGGGGCGUCAACGGUUUUUUUCUAACAGCUAUAUUCGGUGACCAUACGUGAGGCCCGUCACGAUGUGUGGGAACUCGGCGAGUAUAUAUCGUGCUGACGGGACGAUCUUCUCCCGUGAUGGGUUGUGGCCUCCUCGACCGUCCUCUCGACAAGCCCGCUCACCAUGAAGUCGACAAGUACCUACCUGCUCGCCGCACUGGCUGCUGGCGCAGCCGCCAAGGAUUUCGAGACGUUCGCUGUCCUGCGAUUCAACAACGAACCCGGGAGGUUCGCCGCGGAGGGGAGGAUGGACCCGAUCGUCAACCCAGGUGUGGUCGCAACCCACUCCCAUUCGAUCAUGGGAGGCAGCAACUUUGCUACUACUAUCGAGGGCGAUCAACUCCUGGGGGCCCAAUGCACCAGUGCCAAGAUCGCCAACGACCAUAGCAACUACUGGGUCCCCAACCUGUGGUUCCAAUCACCGGUGAAUGGAACCUUCAAGAAAGUACCCUUGUUCUACAUGAACGUAUACUACAAGUUCGAUGCUACUCACGACGAGAUCAAGGCCUUCCCGCCAGGACUUAAGAUCAUGAGUGGUGACGUCGAUAAGAGGACUCCUCCCGCUACGGGCAGCUACCAACUGGAUCCCAACCAGGGUGAGAUCCAGCCGGUGCAGUGGUCCUGCCCUAAGCAGAACCCGGCUGCAGACCGGUACCCCCCCGGAUCUGAUGGCAAGACGGCGGGGUUGGCGGAUCCGUUGAACAAGGAAGCCGGUGCCGGGUUCCCCGUCACCAACUGCGACGGCUACAGCUCUCCGCUGCGGCAGGACAUCCACAUGCCGUCUUGCUACAACCCGGAAGCCGGCCUAGACGACUACAAGAACAACAUGGCUUUCCCGUCCAUGACCCCCGACUGGAAAUGGGACUGCCCCUCGGGCUGGAUACACGUACCGCACCUGUUCUACGAGGUGUACUACGACACGCCCCAGUUCCAGAACGACUGGGACGAGGACGGCCAGAACCAGCCCUUCGUGCUGUCCAACGGCGACAGGACCGGGUAUAGCUCGCACGCCGACUUCGUGUCCGGGUGGGACCCGGACACCCUCCAGAGAAUCAUCGACACCUGUAAUGCCGGCACCCUGGGCAUGGACACCUGCCCAGACAUCCCGGGCGGCCUCAACUUCGACACCUGCCAGAUCCCUGCCGAGUUCCCCGACCCUACUGAGGAAUGGAUCAGCGCGCUUCCAGGCGAGAUCUCCUUGACUGGCUGGGGGCUAUAGUUGCGUGAUGCGUUCUUCGUUUCGUCCCUGUCUCGGCUCGUGAGGCCCUCGCGGGCGAGGCUUCAUGUCACACUUUGUCUCAUGGGUGUCAUAUCUUACGGUGUAUUAUUAUUACGACGAAAAAAAGGACGGUGGGCAGGCGUUAUCUAGGGCGGGCUGUUUCUCUCUCUCUCUCUCUUCCCCUUCCUCUUCGCGGAAGCCAUCCUUGACCUCUGUAUAUACGUACCCAAACACCCCGGUUUCCCCUUCCCCUGUGAAAGUUUCAUGACAUUCACGAUCUCGCCUGUGUAUAAGUAGAUAGAUAACGUAUGAAUG